UCCGCGGGCCAGGUGGUUCGGCCUGUGCAGCCCGCACCCGUGCCCCUCGCCCGGCCCGAUGGCUCCGCGGCCGCUGAGCCCCUUGGUGCUGGCGCUGGGUGGCGCCGCGGCCGUGCUGGGCUCAGUACUCUUCAUCCUCUGGAAGGCCUACUUCGGGCGUGGACGGGAGCGGCGCUGGGACCGGGGCGAGGCCUGGUGGGGCGCGGAGCCUGCCCGCCUCCCUGAGUGGGACGAGUGGGACCCUGAAGAGGAGGAAGACGAAGAGCCAGCGCUGGAGGAGUUGGAGCAGCGCGAGGUGCUGGUGCUGGGGCUGGAUGGCUCGGGGAAGAGCACGUUCCUGCGCGUGCUGUCCGGGAAGCCUCCGCUGGAAGGCCACAUCCCCACCUGGGGCUUCAACUCUGUGCGGCUGCCCACCAAGGACUUCGAGGUGGACCUGCUAGAGAUCGGUGGCAGCCAGAACCUACGCUUCUACUGGAAGGAGUUUGUGAAUGAAGUAGACGUGCUGGUGUUCAUGGUGGACUCGGCUGACCGGCUGCGGCUGCCCUGGGCCCGGCAGGAACUGCACAAGCUGCUGGACAAGGACCCUGACCUACCUGUCGUUGUGGUGGCCAACAAGCAGGACCUGAGUGAGUCCAUGAGUAUGGUGGAGCUGCAGGAGGAGCUGGGCCUGCAGGCUGUCGAUAGCCAGCGGGAGGUUUUCCUCUUGGCAGCCAGCAUCGCCCCUGCAGGACCCGGCUUUGAAGACCCCGGCACCGUGCAUAUCUGGAGACUGCUCUUGGAGCUUCUCUCCUAAGCCGCCCCCGCCGCCUCACUCGCCAGCCAACCCUGGAGACCCCAGUCCGGCCGCUCCUGCUUCCCGCUGCCAGCAUGGGCCCGAGGCAGGAGCCACGUGGCAGCACAUCCCUUCUCUCCGCCCGUCCUCCAGAGCGGGGCCUGGGCAAGGCCAGGAACCACACAGAAGCCUUCCUGGUGCGGUGGCCAUGAGGCCGAAGUGGGGAGUCAGGUGAGGCUCACUCCAGGCUGGAAGUGGAUCCAACUUCUACCAUGGAAGGCACCCUCCUUCUCUGGUGUGCGCAGUGAGGUGCUCAGCGGGCUCAGUUCUCCCCUCUGCCGGUCCCGGUGAUUGAGAACUGGGGUCGUGUCAGAAGUACUGCGGGAACCGGUCCCUCCCGGUGACCUCCCGCCCCUCUCAUGCAGGCCGGUUCUGGGCAGUACACAGUCAGCCUUGGCUCCAAGGCCCGAAGUGUCCUGCAGCCCCAGCUCCACCCAGCUGGCUCGAGGCCCUGGGACCAUCACUUUAAAGGGGUGAUUUCCAUGUUUUUUUCUAAUUUGGAGAUAGAGUUUCCAGCCAUAAAGGUAAGAAGUGCUAGGACGAACCUGGAGAUCCUGGCAGGGAGUUUUCUGAAACCUCCCUGCUUCUGCAAGCCAAGGCCUGCCCGCUAGACGAUGGCAUCAAGCGGUAUUCACCCCUCGCCAGAAAAACGAAAGGC